AUGGAAGAGCUUGAGGUUUUGAACCGGCUCUGCAAAGAGCUCGGUGAGAGCAUGGAUCCGGCGACCAGGGCACGAGCCGAGCAAAAUCUCGCCGAACUCGUCGAUUCACCGCAAUGUCUUCGCCGAUGUAUGCUUCUGCUGGAACGUGGCGAUGUAUGUGAACGGCUUGACCUUGCCAUACGGCCCAGUGGUCGCCAGCAACACUCUCAUGAAGCUGCUGAACUCGAAAACUGGUAUUCUCGUCGAACAGAAGCUCGAAUUGAGCAGAUAUAUUCUGAUCUGCUCGGAACACGCUCGGCCUCCCUUCCACCGUUCAUAGUUUCAUCUCUAUGUCAGCUGUUCGCAAGAAUCACAAAACAAGAGUGGACGUACACAGAUAACAACGACCAACAUAUUUUCCAUGCUCCAAUCUCUGAUUUGAUUGCUACAAUAGAUAUCAAUGGCGGAAGUCAAAGUAUGCUCGCUUUGCAGCUCCUGUCUACGCUUCUAAAUGAUUUCAAUUCGCAAGCAGGAAUGGAGUCAGUGAAUAAACACCGAAAAGGCAUCGCUCUAUUCCGUGACUCCCAUAUUUUUGAGAUUUUCGAAACCUCCGUGUCGCUCUUGGAGGCUAUUUCACGAAAGGAUCUUGCUUCUUUGCAGAUUUUACACAUUGGUGUUCAACUAGCCAGUGUUCGCCGAACAUUGUUCAAUGGAAGUGAACGCCAGACUUAUCUAGAGCAUGUUGUAGCGGGAGUAAAGCGAGUAAUAGAAAAUCCUGAGAAACUGACUGAGCAGCCUGCGUUCCACGAGUUCUGCAGAAUGGUGUCUCGUUUGAAGACCAAUUUCCAAUUGUGCGAACUAAUAAAAGUGCCUGAUUAUGCUGCUGUUAUGCGCCUUCUAGCACAGUUCACUGUGGAAAGCCUGCGGAUGAUGGAUCUUUCCGCAAACAGUACCUAUUUUCUGUUGACAUUUUGGCAACGUAUGGUCACUUCUGUUCCAUAUGUUCGCAGCAGUGAAGAUCAUCUACUUAAUCUAUGUUGCCCUGAGAUUAUGACGGCGUUUGUGAGAGCCCGAUUGCAGAACGUUGAAAGAGUUGCUUGUAUGGUUGUAACAUUGAUUGGUACUGCAGUUUUUGGAAAAACGGCUGUGUCAAAUAACGAGGAGCACGACAAAAUGGAUGGAGAUCUUGUGGCGAGGUGGGGCUUUUUUUCUUUACUGGCACAAAUGAGCAAUUCGGAGCUGUCAUUAUCUCUCUUGAAGGAUCUUUCACUAGGAUAUACAGCAGUUCGAAAGUUGUUUCGAUUACAGGAAGUUCAACUGCUUCUCAGUAAUCACACGCAUGUAACGCGGUUUUCUAGAGGGCUUACGCGUCUCCUUACCAUUGAUCUCAACGAUGAUGAACAGUUAUUUGAACAGUUUAUGCAACCACUAGCAGGUAAUCGAAUCCUCGUUAUGCCCGAUGUGCCAAAAGAGCGUGCCUAUGCCGAACGAUAUAAAAAUAUUGGGAUUAUAUUCAAUGUACUCAAGUGCGCUUUGAUUGGAGCUUACGUACCGUUUGGAGUUUUCCGACUAUAUGGUGAUCCAUGUCUUCAAGAUUCUUUGAACAUGUUCGUGAAGCUGUUCAUGAAGAUCCCCGAGGAAGAUUUCCACUCCUACACAAAGAUUGCUCAACACUAUUAUAAUCUCUUGGAGAAUGUGGUUCAAGACAACAUUGCCUUUGUUUCCAAUCUUCAACCCGAAGUCUUUGCGGCUAUUCUGCGAUCGGUGCACACCGGAGUGACGUCGUUAGAUGCCGUUGUCAUAACAUCUGCAUGUUCGGCGUUAGAUACAAUUUUGAAUUAUCUGUACAAGAGUAACGAUUUUGGGGAUGCAGUGAUAUGCAACGUCGCUUUCCACGAUCACGAUCUGGAUAUCGAAUUCCUAUUCGAGUUUCGCAUAGGCGAACCUAACUUUUCAUAUCCCUAG